AUGGAAUCAAAUGGAACGCGCAAAGGGCCGCUGCCUGGAGGUCGCCAGGGCGCGUCUGGAGCUGGCGCUGGACGCGACAGCAUGCGAACCGCCAGCCGAGCGCGAGGUGCUGCACGACCACCCAGCAGCUCCUCGCAUACAUCAUCCCCACCAGCUGGCUUGGUGUCGGCAGGGUCUUCGCGGGCUCAGCAAUCGGCACCCGUCACUGGUGGAGUACGCCGCAUGCGUUGGACAACCCAGAUGAACAGCAACGCAUUGCGGGCGUAUUUUAGGGCGAAAGGGGGAGAAACUGGAGGUUUUGCGUAUCGGGCAAGGAUCCAUCGACUUUUUGCUGAGCUGGAGCCAUCUGUAACCGUCACCGAGCAAAACCUGGCAGACCGAGUUCGGUAUAUCUUGCGCUCAAAUACAUUUGAUGACACCGAACUCGAACGGCUACGACGUGAGGCUGUUCCUUCAUCGGGUGAAAAUGCUGCGGCUGAGAAUGCGGCGCCACAACUUGCCGAGCAAACGGCAAAUGUGGAUGCCGCCGUGAAUACGCCAGUUAUGGUUGAUUCAAACGAUGAUGGAACAGUCGCCCAGGAACUGGAACUAGAGCAAAUGAGGAGUACAUUGGAAGAGGCGAUUGUGGAAACGCGCAGUACGACUCUCGAAAAUCGACCGCGACUUCCCCGCUUAGCCCUAAGCAAGCGGAAUCGGGCUGUCGUGAGGGCUCUGAACCCAAUGCUGGUUACCUAUUUGGAAGCCAGCCGGGACCUUUGCGAGACGGACUCAAUUCUCUUUGGCGCCGCACUGGCAGUCUGCCGUAUUAUAGGCGCCAAAAUUUCCACGGCUGGACGCACUACUGGACAAAGUAGUGCUAUCCCAGCCUGGAGAACAAGAAUUGAAGAACGUAUCGCAAAGGCUAGGGCCCUCAUCGGCAGACUGAUAUGCUUCAGGUCAGGCAAUACCAGGCCAAGGAUUGUGCGCACCGUCAGGAUGGCGUUUGCUGGGACAAAUGUUAGUUUGUCCCAGCCGGAUAUAAUGCAAAAACUGACGGAGCGCAUAGACGACCUGAAGCAAAGAAUAGCUGCUUGGGGAAAGCGGAUUCGGCGAUAUACCGAGAAGUCGACACGGUUCAAGCAGAAUCGUCUCUUCCAGAGUGAUCAGAAGAGGCUCUAUAAAUCAUUGGAGCGACCAAUAGUAAGUGGAACGGGCCCUGCACCAAAUCAGGCUGACAUGGUCGCAUUCUGGCGCAGCCUGUGGUCAGAGCCCGUAAACCACAACGAGGGCCCUAGGACGGAAGUUGUGGCUAGUCAGUGUGCGAGUAUUACGCCCAUGGACCCCGUCAUCAUAACGCCGGAUGACGUAGCUGAGGCGGUCCGUAGGGCCCCGAACUGGAAAAGUCCGGGGCUUGACGGGCUGCAUCACUACUGGUUGAAGGGGUUCAUGGUGUGUCACUCUGUGCUCGCCCGAUAG